UUCAAGCACGUUUUACUGCAAACUGUUUUUAAAAGCAAAAACGUGCCAGUUAUCUAUUCUGUUAAACGAAUCCGUUGAGUAGGCCUAAUAUAGCAGCAGUUCAGCUGUCAUUCAAAAUUAUUCUACCUUAAACCAAAUAGGAAAAGCUGUAAAAUAAUAAUAAUAAAAUUAAAAAGUCAGGCUAAUAAAAAAAAAAAAAAAAAAAAAAAAAGUUUCCGAACGCUGCUGAAAACAAAAACCAAGACCUUUUUGACAAAUAUCAACUAUUUAGAUUUUGGAUUGGCGCGCGCGGUCCGCGGUCAGAUUCAUUUGUUGUUGUUGUUUUAUUCAGUUUAUAGUGAUUUUUCAUAUAUUUUUAAUUACAGUAGUCAGGUAGCAGGCCCAUUUUAGUCCAAAAAAAUUCUUAUAUCUACUUUAAUACCAAUCUCAAUGUAAAUACCAGCCUAUUCUGUAGUUAUCAGAUGCACGUCAUGUUCCUAUAUUAAGCUCGGUGUGAACGCGCACCUGGCGCAUGCAGCAGUGAGCGUGAACAACCAGCCAAAGCAGCAUGUCUGAUGUCUGAACGCAGGUUCAACUCCCAGAACUUUCUCAGUGAGUUAUGCACCUGCAGCGACUCCCCUCACCGUCCGCGCUGGCCAACAAACCGGUGAGUGAGGACAAUGGUUUGACGCACACCACCGCCGCGGGGGACGACCGCGUCUCCUCCUCCUGUGACACCCUGAAGAACGAGACCCCGUUAAAGAGACUCUCCACAGGGAUGAGAACACCCUCAAACGCUCUGGAUUACGUCUCCGCGGCACGGGAUGACAGUGGAAGUGCGGACAAGUGUAAUUUGCCUGAAUCAAGUCAAGCGCGGACAGGUUUCCCCUCGUCUUCUGCCAUGUUCUCGUAUUCGGGGCAGCCGGUGGUGCCCGCGCUCCCGCCACUCUCCAGUCACUACUUGACACCUCACCCGGUCAUCAGCAACGGGCCGUAUGAACGGAGCUACGCGUGCUCGCAGCCGUAUGGACAAACUUACCCAAACGCCGCCGUCCAUCCAUUCGCCUCGGUGCCCGGAAAAGCCCAGCUUUACCUCCGUAACAGAGCGCUGUGGUUCAAAUUCCACAGACACCAAACAGAAAUGAUCAUUACUAAACAGGGGCGCCGGAUGUUUCCGUUUCUAAGCUUUGGUGUUGCUGGUCUUGACCCGAUGUGUCAUUAUAAUAUUGUUGUGGAUGUGAUUCUGGCGGAUCCGAGCCACUGGAGGUUCCAGGGCGGGAGAUGGAUUCCCAGCAGCAGAGCGGACACUAAUGUUACGGGGAGCAGAGUAUACGUGCACCCGGACUCUCCAAACACCGGCGCGCACUGGAUGCGUCAGGAGAUCUCUUUUGGAAAACUGAAGCUGACGAACAACAAGGGAGCUUACAGCAACUCUACUCAAAUGAUCGCCCUACAGUCUCUCCAGAAGUAUCAGCCAAGGGUGCAUGUGAUUGAAAUAAGCAAGGGUGGAGAUGAAGAUACAAGUGAUCCUGAUAGAGUACAGACAUUUACCUUUCCUGAAACACAAUUUAUAGCUGUCACAGCUUACCAGAACACAGCUAUAACUCAGCUAAAAAUUGAUCACAAUCCAUUUGCUAAAGGAUUUCGGGAUAAUUAUGAUAAAAGUUACAGUGGCUCUGACACCGACCGAUUGACCCCUACACCCAGUGACUCCCCACACUCUCAGUUGCUGCCUGGCUCACAGUACGCAAUGACAAGCGCUUUAUUUCAGGAACAGUUUGUCAACAGUUACACAAAGCCAUGUUUUCCAACUCUUCCCCCUGACCCUGGCACUAAUGACCGAACACUCAAGUUUACUAACAGCCUUGUGACAUCAAACCAAACCCAAGAGAGCAGCACGGUGUCUGAGCAGCGCUGGUUUGUGUCUUCCGCUGCUGCUCCAUCAUACGAAACUGAUAUUAACACAGCAGCGCUGGUCUCUUAUGCCACAGCGGGGGUCAAAGGACUGCCCUUCACUGGUGGCACUAGUAACAGUUUGGAUUACUACACCAGUGCCUCUGGAUGGGAUUCACGGGCUUCGCAAGAGAACGGCAGUAAAACCAUCUCAAAUCUGCCUGGUUGGGUUCUAGAUGCGAAUCUUGAAAGAUCAACAGAAUCGAAUUACACGCCUGAGGAUGGAGAUAUGUUGGAAAUGGACCCAUCAGCUCUUGGAGUUUCUGAGGAGCUGGAAGGUAAAGAUGCCACGGAUUUGACAUGGACCAAAACCCAAUCUUCCAUUAAAUGACUCCUAACACUAAGGUUGUGGGUUUGAGUCUCGGGCCGGCAAUACCACGACUGAGGUGCCCUUGAGCAAGGCACUGAACCCCCAACUGCUCCCCGGGCGCCGCAGCAUAAAUGGCUGCCCACUGCUCCAGGUGUGUGUUCACGGUGUGUGUGUGUUCACUGCUGUGUGUGUGCACUUUGGAUGGGUUAAAUGCAGAGUACGAAUUCUGAGUAUGGGUCUAGUGAUUGAAGUAUUUUGGAAGAGGCUCAAUGGAAAAAUCAUUCUAUCAGUUCAGUUUCAGAUGCAAAAAGACAUGCAGGUCUCACAGAACAGGGCCAAAAAUGAGAUGAAAGAAUCUGACUUUUUUCAUUUCGACGCUCAAACGUAAACUUGCCUGGGCUGAGUGUGCAAUUAAAAUGUUAUUAAUAUAGAAAUAACAGUAUUAUGAUGAUUUAUGUAUACAGCAUUUAUUUAUUUUCAUGCACCAUUGAAGAUGAAUGAGAACGUCUCUUACUGUCUAAACUUGAUGUAUUUGAUGGCUUAUAUGACUAUAUUCUUUUUAAAAUUAUAUUAUUAUUAUUAUUUGUGGUGAAAAAAAAAUUAAGACCAACAUCGGAAAUAAUAUAAUCAUAUAAUCAAUGUAAAUGCAUAAUCAAUAUACUCAGUCUC